AUGCGACCUUGCGACGUGUGCAACUCCCCGUGGCGAAACUAUAGCAUGGAUGUAAGGUUGCCAACCAGAAGGAUGUUGUGCAUUUUGCACACGUCUACUCUGGGGGCUAGUCCCGUCGUUGUGAGCGGUCAGUCUCGAAUGCUUGGAUCUAUCCUGAGUUCAACAGGCAGAGGUAGCAGAGCUGGAAAGGCUUCACAUUUGGAAGGCGAGCGGUAUCGGCGCUUUGUGAGCAGCACAGUCACUAGUAACAACUUCACAAAGUCCAUCAUCGUCCGCCAGCCGGAAGCCUUCAGCAAACCCGGCUCUUCACGUCCCUAUGCAGCUGUAGGAUCCUCUUCAGCCUCUGCUUUUGCCCUAACUUCGCGGCCGACCGCAGAAAGUGGUAGCCCGUGUUGGGCAGCUACGGACGACUAUACACGAAAUGUAUUCCGUAGUUGCCCAGACCCUAAGGUGCGGCCCACGUCGUGGGCCCUGUGUACGCGAAACUCUCGCUUUUCAACCUUUCCGAGUGCGUCGUCGUUCACUCUCCGCGGGGAAGACUACACUGACAAGGCGUUAGAAGCGCUGGCGGGUAUGAUAUAUUUAUAUGAGAAAUACAAACCUCCUUGCCUCGAGACAGAGCUCCUAAUAUUGGCCUUGCUUGACCAAGGAGACGAUGGUCUUUUCACACGUAUUUUGAAGCAGGGCGGUGUUGAAGUGGGAAAACUCCGCGUCGAUCUUAUGCAGCGCAUUAGAGAGGAGCCGACAGUCACAGGCAGCGGCCAAACCAAGUCUCUGGGUCCAGUACUACAGACAGUCUUAAGUGCAGCAGCGGAUCUUCGAAUUAGCUGGCAUGACGACUACAUCUCCAUUGAACACCUCGCGGCAGCCUUGGCAGACAAUGAUUCGCGCUUUCUUGUGAACUACUUACACCGUACUGGCUUGACAGCGGCAAACAUCCGCACAGCAAUUAAAGCUAUCCGUGGAACCCGUAGGGUAAAGACGAAAACGCCAGAAAUAUCCUACGAGGCUUUGAAGCGGUAUGGCAGAGAUCUCACGGCAGCAGCGGCGGCCAAUGAACUCGACCCAGUCAUUGGUCGGGACAGUGAGAUAAGGCGAGUGAUCCAAAUCUUGAGUAGGAGAACCAAGAAUAACCCUAUUAUACUUGGUGAUCCUGGCGUGGGAAAAACAGCGAUUGCAGAAGGUCUAUCGCAACGCAUUGUCUCCGGUGACGUCCCGAACACACUUGCAGGAAGACAGGUUUUUUCUUUAGAUCUAGGGGCUCUCUUGGCAGGGGCAAAAAUGCGGGGGGAAUUUGAAGAAAGGUUGAAGGCAGUGAUCAAAGAGGUGCAAGAAAGUGCAGGACAGACUAUUGUCUUUAUAGAUGAGAUACACAUGGUAGUAGGGGCAGGCGCUGCAGCGGAAAGCGGAAUGGACGCAGGUAACAUUCUGAAGCCAAUGCUUGCGCGAGGCGAGCUCCGUUGCAUCGGGGCCACCACCGUGGAGGAGUAUCGGAAGUACAUAGAAAAAGACAAAGCGCUUCAAAGAAGGUUUCAGGUAGUUCUUAUAGAGGAACCGAACAUGGAGGACGCGAUUGCCAUCCUGAGGGGACUCAAAGAGAGAUACGAAAUGCAUCACGGCGUCAACAUUCGGGACUCCGCCCUCGUCGCUGCGUGCAACCUUUCUCACCGUUAUAUACAAGAGCGUUUCUUGCCCGAUAAAGCCAUUGACUUGAUUGACGAAGCAGCCUCAAAACUAAAAAUUGAGGUGACAUCGAAGCCCAGUCGUUUAGACGAAGUUGAUCGGAAGCUGAUGCAGUUGGAGAUGGAGAAGAUUUCGUUGACGUCUGAUACAACCAAAAGUGGACAGGGGACAGUAGAGCAGCAGCGGCUGCAGCACCUAGAAAAAAAAAUGGCGGACCUUAAAGAAGAGCAGUCUCGUCUGAACGCAAUAUGGGAGCAAGAGCGUCGAGAAAUAGCACGUGUGAACGACUUGAAACAAGAAAUAGACGAAGCAAAACUUGAGCAACAGAAGGCAGAGCGAGAGUAUAAUUUGAACAAAGCGGCUCAAAUACGUUAUGGCAAAAUUCCCGAGCUAAUGCAGAAACUGGCAAAGCUUGAGACAGAACUAAAUAGGGAAGAAACCUCCGCAUGCCGCUUGCUAAGAGACACGGUAAACGCUGAAGACGUAGCACAAGUAGUAGGGGCAUGGACAGGUAUACCUGUCAGCCGCCUCGUAGAAGGAGAGAAAGAGAAACUCCUUGCGUUGGAGCAACAUUUAAAAUCUCGCGUUCUCGCACAGGACGAAGGGGUGCGGGCAGUCGCAGAAGCUGUGCAGCGCUCGCGUGCCGGCUUGUGCGAUCCCAAACGCCCUAUCGCUUCCCUGAUGUUUCUAGGACCAACGGGAGUCGGGAAGACAGAGCUGUGUAAAGCUCUCGCGCAGCAGCUGUUUGAUACAGAGGACGCACUGAUCCGGUUCGAUAUGUCUGAGUACAUGGAAAGGCACUCAACUGCGCGCCUGAUCGGAGCGCCGCCGGGUUACGUGGGGUUUGAGAGCGGCGGACAACUAACAGAGGCUGUACGUCGAAAACCAUAUGCAGUAGUAUUGUUUGACGAAAUGGAGAAAGCGCACCCUGAAGUGUUCAACGUGUUCCUGCAGAUACUUGAAGACGGAAUUCUUACAGACGGUCACGGCAACACGGUCAGUUUCCGCAACUGCAUCAUAACUUUCACUUCCAAUAUGGGCAGUGACUUAUUGCUGAUGCACGCAAAGAACUCCAGCAGCGAGAGAAGACUAGCAGAGGGCACCGGCCAUCGUACAUCUUUGAAAGAAGAGUUGAUGCAGAUGGUAAAACGUACUCUGCGCCCAGAACUAGUCAACCGCAUCGAUGAGUUUGUUCUAUUCAACCCGCUCUCCGAGAGUGAUCUGCUAGAUAUAUUCACGAUAGAGCUGGAAAAACUGCAGAAGCGCCUCGACGACAGGCGCAUCCGUUUGGAUGUGUCCACGGCUGCAAAGGUGAGUAUUGUUAAAAAUGCGUGCGAUCCCUCCUUCGGCGCGCGCCCUUUGAAACGAGCCCUCCAGCAAGCGCUGGAAACACCUCUUGCUCGACUCCUCCUCGCGGGGGACAUCCCUAGUGGAUCUCAGGUACACGCACUAACCCCCGACGAAGCACCACCGCGUAACGUGCGCGUCCUCAGAGACCGGAAAAUACCAGAGGGUAUGCAGCUCUUCGUGACGACUGCUGCGUAG